GAGGCGCGCGCGGCGCUUCCCGCUGUGGCUGCUGAGGCUGCCGUGGCUGCUCUCGGCAUGGAGGAGAUUUAUGCCAAGUUCGUGUCUCAGAAAAUCAGCAAAACCCGCUGGCGCCCGGUACCCCCGGGGAGCCUGCAGACAGCGGAGACCUUCGCUACGGGUUCUUGGGACAAUGAGGAAAAUUAUGUUUCGUUGUGGUCGAUUGGAGAUUUUGGGAACUUGGACUCAGAUGGUGGGUUUGAAGGAGAUCAUCAGUUACUAUGUGAUAUCAAACACCAUGGUGAUGUCAUGGAUUUACAAUUUUUUGAUCAGGAAAGAAUUGUAGCUGCUUCAUCAACAGGAUGCGUAACAGUUUUCCUUCACCAUCCAAAUAACCAGACUCUGUCUGUCAGCCAGCAGUGGACAAGAGCUCACUACCACUCAGGACCAGGCAGUCUUUCCUGUAGCGGCGCACCUUGCACAGGUGUUGUGUGCAAUAACCCAGAAAUUGUCACGGUUGGAGAAGAUGGCCGUAUAAAUCUCUUUCGAGCUGAUCACAAGGAAGCUGUGAGAACUAUAGAUAAUGCAGAUAGCAGUACGCUCCAUGCUGUAACCUUUCUUCGAACUCCUGAGAUUCUUACAGUAAAUUCCAUUGGACAGCUAAAAAUAUGGGAUUUUAGACAACAAGGAAAUGAGCCCUCUCAGAUAUUAUCACUGACCGGUGACCGAGCACCACUCCACUGUGUUGACAGACACCCCAACCAGCAGCAUGUCGUGGCUACUGGUGGCCAGGACGGAAUGUUGAGUAUUUGGGAUGUUAGACAAGGUACUAUGCCUGUGUCUCUGCUGAAGGCUCAUGAAGCUGAAAUGUGGGAAGUUCAUUUUCACCCAUCCAACCCAGAUCAUCUAUUUACUUGUUCUGAAGAUGGCUCCCUUUGGCAUUGGGAUGCCUCAACAGACGUACCUGAAAAGUCAUCACUUUUUCACCAAGGAGGAAGAAGUAGUACUUUUUUGUUUCAUAGCAUUAGUAACCAGGCUAAUGCUCACCAGUCUAUUAUAAGCUCCUGGCUCAGCACCGAUCCUGCAAAAGACCGUAUUGAAAUCACAAGCUUGCUUCCCAGUAGGACUUUGUCUGUCAACAGUUUGGAUGUCUUAGGUCCUUGUCUUGUUUGUGGGACUGAUGCCGAAGCAAUUUAUGUUACUAGACAACUUUUUUCAUAGAAAUACUGUAAUUUUAUAAUUUCAGAUAAAAAUAUAACCUUCAAAGUCCAACUUCUAUGCAAAUUUUUAUUAUUGAAAGAUGUGAAAUUUGCAGGGGAGCAUCUGUAAAGCAUUGAUAAUGUCAGUGCCUAGAUUUGGCUUUUUUUAGUUGGACAUUGCCGUAACAGUUUAGAAUCUGGUAGAUUGCAAAAGAAUUCAAGGUGUGGAAACAUAUCAGAGGGAUCCUGGUGCUGAUGAAUGUACUACCAAACUGUUCUGGUCAGCUCAUGGAGCCAAGUCCUCAUUUCUGGUUUUUUGGGACUUAAUACUGUCAAACCAUCAGUGGGUUUCUAUUAUUUCUAUCACAGUAUUUGGGGUGUAUGCCCUCUCUAGUGGCAUUAGCCAGUGUUAGUUUCUUCUUUUAAUUGCAAGUUUUUUCAUCAACCUUUUCACAACCUUUUAUUUUCUUAGUAAUCUUAAUAAACCUUUUCAAAAUUGAACAAAAUGACAUUUUUGCAAUAUAGAGCAAAAAUGACAAAUCUUUUUGUAAUGUUCAAAUUCUUUUCAGGGGAAAAUCUUUUGACAGAUCCCUUUAUUAGAAUAUGUUUGAACAGAACUAUGCCAACUACUCAGACCCAACUUUCUUUUUCUUGAUAAGAAAAAUACAUUUUUCCUAUGGACUUUUGCCUUUAUUUAGUUUUGCAACAUAGUGAAAAUUGCCAAACUGGACAUUGUGCAAUAAGAUAGAAUUUUACAUUAAUGAGUGAACUGACUUUGAAACUAACAUUGAUAGGUAACAUGUAUGAGACUAAUAAGAUGAUGUGGUAACAGUGAAGAUUGCCAUCUGUAUGCCUACCUGAAAUGUUAAUGAUGACUUGACAUGUAGUGUGUUAAGACAAUUUAUGACAUUGUCUUUCCAAAGUUUGUUAGAUAAAAUGUGUUACUGAGCUAACGAAGACCUUUAUGACAAAUCACUGCUAUUACAAAAUUGAAAUAUGUGUUUAUUUCAUAAUUCCAAUAACAGUAAUUAUGGUAAAUUUUUGCUUUUCUAUCCUAAUAAAUAUUUUCAAUAUU